AUGGAAGCAAUAAAAUCAAGAACAGACCAACAUCUCCACAACAUCGUGUCAUCGCGCUCAGAAGUUAGAGCGGUUGACCCGCAACAUAACGCCGGUGACGAGGAUCUACUUAAUCAAAUUGGUUACAAGCAGGAAUUAAGGCGUCAUUAUUCGACGUUGCAAGUGUUUGGAAUAGCUUUUUCAAUUAUGGGGUUGUUACCAAGUAUCGCAUCAGUCUUGGCACAGGGUCUCGAAGCAGGCCCCGCUGGACUUGUUUGGGGCUGGUUCAUUGCUAGUUUCUUCAUUUUCAGUGUCGGCCUUUCAAUGAGUUUCUUGGGAAGUGCUAUACCUACAAGUGGUGGGUUGUAUUACUAUACAAACUAUUAUUGUCCCGACAGUAUCAGAGUGCCAUUGAGUUUUCUAAUUGGAUGUUCGAACUCACUUGGAUUGAUUGGUGGAUUGUGCAGUAUUAGUUAUGGUUUUGCUACUGAAGUAUUAUCGGCAGUUUCAUUAUCACAAGAUGGCGACUUUGACAUCACUAAUGGUAAAGCUUAUGGUGUGUUUGCUGCUUGUGUGAUUAGCAAUGUGUUUAUUGCAUGCUUGACAACGAAACAUGCUGCUUCUUUACAAACAGCAUCAAUAAUUGUCAAUGUGUUUCUUGUGUUGUUGUUUUUAAUUGCUGUGCCGGCUGGAUUCGGCUCCAAUUUCAAUUCAAGGGGUUUCAUUUUUGGCAAUUUUGAGAAUGCCAGAGACUGGAGUAUUGGCUGGAGCUUUUUCAUUUCUUUACAGCCAGCAGUAUGGGUUAUCGGUGCUUUUGAUUCAGUGAUCCAUUGUUCUGAGGAGGCCAUGAGUGCUCAGAGGUCUAUCCCAGUGGGAAUAUUAGGUUCCAUUGCAGCUUGUUGGUUCUUGGGUUGGUUUGUAGUUAUUGUAUGUGCUGCAUGUAUCAAAGAUGGUGAUGUUGCUCGUGUGUUGAAUACAGCUACUGGAUCACCAAUGGCACAGAUUAUCUAUGACGCAUUGGGAAAGAAGUGGGCAGUGGCAUUUAUGUCAUUGAUUGCUGUUGGUCAAUAUCUCAUGACCAUUUCAAUAACAAUUGCAUUAUCGAGGCAAAUUUGGUCGUUUGCUAGAGAUGACGGAUUGCCAAUAGUUUACCAAUAUGUUAAAUAUGUCAACCCUAGGAUUAAAAUCCCCGUUAGAGCAUCAGUGUUUGCUGGAAUCUUGGCCUUGAUCUUGGGUUUGCUUGUUCUUAUCAAUGGUACUGCAGGAUCAGGAGCCUUAUUCUCAUUAGCCAUUUGUUCAAAUAGUCUUGCCUGGGGUAUGCCAGUAGUUUUAGUUUUGCUACCUUACGGAAGAAAGAAAUUCAUCCCUGGACCAUUUUACUUUGGCAAGUGGGUCAGUACCGGUAUUUGCAUUGUGGCAAGCGGUUGGUUAGUUUUCAUCAUUGUUUUGACAAUGUUCCCCGAUUCAAAGAAAGUUGACAAGGAUUCAAUGAAUUAUACUGUUGUGAUUAACGUUGGAAUAUGGAUAUUGUCCUUGGUUUAUUACUUUACAUGGGGAUACAGAGUAUAUUCGGGACCAAAGAGCAAUCUUGAUGAGAGUGAACCGGAGUAUCUUGAGGGAGCUAGUAUACCUGGAAUGGACGAAGUGUUGCUGGAAAAGGUAUGA